AUGCUCGGGCGCCUGCGCAGCCCUCCUGGGCUGCACAGCGGCCGACCGGCGAUCUACGGCUGCGUUCACCAGCCGAAGUGCCCCCCAAGGCCUUCGUCAACCGUCAACGACGCAGUGUCGAGCGCCAGAGCGGCGUCGCCGUCGUCAGACUUGUUUAAGUGGCUGCAGGAGGCAGGGACGCCCGUCGAAAAUAUUGACAUUCAGAGUGUCCGUAUUGGUGGGAAGGACAUUGACAAGAUUGUUGCAGCCAGGCCAAUAUCUGCUGGGGAGUUGGCCAUAAGUGUGCCAGAGCGCAUGGUGGUAACCCUUGACGCAGUGUUCGAAGAUGAAGCAAUUGCUGAAUUGCUCACAACAAACAAACUGUCAGAGCUUGCUUGCUUGACUCUGUACCUUAUGUACGAGAAGAAGGAAGGAAAACAGAGCUUUUGGUAUCCUUACAUAAAGGAGCUUGACAGGUUGAGAGCAAGGGGACAGUCGGGUGUCGAGAGCCCAAUCCUCUGGCCACAAGAAGAGGCAGAGCGAUUGCUGGCUGGGAGCACCGUCCUCGAAGCUGUGAUGGAGCGUAAAGCUGGAAUCCUUGAUGAAUACCAAGAAUGUGACACAGUGUGGUAUCUGGCUGGCAGCUUAUUCAACAAGUACCCAUAUGACAUUCCAACAGAGGCCUUCAGCUCAAAACUCUUCCUCCAG